UACUGUUAUAUUAUAUAUCAAUGAUAAAAUCGAGAAAUCUCUGAUAUUAAAAAUAACAGUAUUUAAAUUUUACUAUAUGUUAUGAAAAACAUUGAACAAAAUAGUAAUCAUGGCUUGUAAAGAUUUUACAUCAAUACCUCAUACCAAUGCAAAUGAAAUUCAAGAAAAUGUCACAACUCAUAAUAUUCUUGUUGUAAUUAUUAUAUCACAUUAUUUACAAACUUAUGCUAGAAGUUGUGGUGCAGAAUUUGAAGAGGGUAAAGUUCAAGUGGAAACAGUAGUAAAUCCGAAGUUUCAUAGGACGUUUAGUAUGUUAGUUUUACAUUUAAUACAGUGUCCAGAUUUGACUUUCGAGGAGCUUAAUAAUUUAAUAUCUUGUGGAAAAUAUCAAUUACCAGCUGUAUUUAUAAGAACUUUUCAUAGAGAAGUUUACAGAAUGGUAAACAGUAAUCUAGAUGCAGUUAUGGAUGUAUUCAAGAAUUUAGAUGUACACGUGUUAGAUAGCGGUCUGCCUAAAGUUCACCAAUGUAAAGUUAUAAAUAGUGGUAGUCCAAUUGGUAUAUUUUUAAGGCGAGUAAUGGUCUAUUUCGAUAAAAUGUUAUUUUUGCAAACUGCAGCAGUAAUGAAUGAACUAAAAAAUCAUUGCAGUCCUAUUCUAAAUGAUUUACCGGAUUUUAAGAAGGUUAGAUUGGCAUUGAGUCAAAAAGAAGUUGAACAAAAACAAGAAUGGAAAGAUUUAAAGAACUUAAUAAUAUCAAUAGGAACAACAGAUUUACAAAAAAGAAGUAAACAUUCUAACAGUAAGUAUACAAAGGUAGGUUCAUGGUCACCAAGACAAGUGGAACUUUUCAUUGCUCAGCAAAUUAAACUGUUAAAGAUUAAUGAAUCUGUUGCCUUGGAUCCUGCAUCUUUACAGCAAAAGUUAAAAGAUAUACUACAAGCUAAUCCAGAUCAUUUUGAUGCACAUUAUCUUAGUUACUUAAAUUGCUUGCGUGUUAAAGAAUAUUGUGGUGCAUUAUGUAGUGUUCAACAUUAUUUUAACCGUCAGACAUCUAGAGUAACCAAUUUGGAUGAAAAAAGUAGAGGUUAUCGAUACACAUCUCUUAAUAUGGCUUUAUUAAAUGCAUCUUUUAAUCAUAAUGAGGAAGCUUUGCAUUAUUUAAAAGAAAGUAUUGCAGUUGCUCAUCAAGUAAAUGAUCAUAUUUGUUUACAACAUGCUCUAAUGUGGAUGUAUACAUUAAGUAAAGGUGAUAAGUUAACCAUGUUAAAAUGUUCUGUGACUAGAAGUAAGGAUCUGGAAUUGCAUCAAAUUACAUCUUUUAGUUUACAAUCAAUGGCUCAAUAUUUAGUUGAAAAUGCUGAAAAUCCAUCAAUAGUUUUUAAAGUUUUAAAAAAAAGUGAAAUCUACAAUUAUUUUAACGGAUUGACUGAUUUACGCAUGACUAAUAAUGUACAAAAAGCCGCAAUAUGGAAUACAUAUGGUUAUCAACGUUUAGCAACAGUUUUUUCUCUAUUAGUUUUAGAACAUGAUCAAAGCAAUAACGAUGUAUACAAUGUUGAAAGCAAAUGUAUAGCCAUGUGCAACAUUAUUAACGAUCUAAUAGCCCGAGGAGACUAUUAUUUAGCACCUUUAUUAAUAAAUGAAGUAUCUCAGCUGUUUCCUUAUGAACAUAGCAAUUUAUGGAUAAUGGCCGAACAAUAUUUAUACUUCAAGAUGUCUUUAAAUAAACAAGAAUGGCCAGAAGCAGAAUUAGCCGCUAAACAAAUGGCUUCCAUUAAUAUUACUGAAAGUAAAUUAAGAUUAGGUGAAUUAUUUUUAAAAAAAGAAGAUUUUGUUAGCGCAACUAACUCAGUUAAACAUUUAAUUGAAAACAACAAUACAAACACGAUUUUAACUAAACUUAGAGCUUAUUUAAUUAUUGCAAAAGCUAAUGAGAGUGCUGCAUUGACUAUUUUAAUGGAUGCAAAACUAAUAUCUAUUGAGUACCAUCUUACUUAUAUGACCGCAAUUAUAAAUAUUGAAAUAGCUAUUAUUUUAAUGAAACACGAAUUUCCACAUAAAGCAUUGAGACUACUGAAAGAAACUAAACAACAGAUAUAUAGUGGCAUAAAUGUCUAUGACAAAGCUUAUAUUAAAUUACAAAUUAUCAAAGCAAAAAUGAUGGUCAAUAUCAUGGAAGAUUACGAGCAUAGUCCUGAAUUUUUAAACAAAGUAUAUACUAAAUUAGGUAAGGUGGCUGAGGGUUUUCAUCGGUCAGAAGCAAUAACUGAAUUAAAGGAAACUAUAUAUUUACAAGCCCUUGUUGCAGAUGAUUUAGAUAUGAGACAAAAUAGAAAUAAACAUGCAAUGGAAUUUAGGCAUUUGGAAGAAUUUCAUGUUGCGACAGUAAUGAACUAUUCUUUUUAAGCUUUAUUUAUAAAUAAUAUUUUGAAUGAAAAUUGUGAUAUUUUGUAAAAAAUUUUGAUAAAAAAAAAUUGAAAUGCAAUUGUUGUAGUUUUUUUUUUUUUGGUACUUAUUUACAGAACAGACGACUAAGGAAAUUGACUAAUCAGAAUGUGUUAUUUUCAUAUUUUUUAAUUUCUAAAAUGUAUAAAUAUCUAUAGAGCACUCUUUAAAAUUUUUAUAUAAACACUCUUGAAGAUGAAUCGAAUAGAAACCUCAAGGUAAGUUUAAUAGUCAAGUACC